GUAAGCAGCUUUACGUCAAAAUUCGCCUUAAACACAUUAGUGGUUCGUUUUUAUUCGAUUCCAGAACAAAAUGGCUUCAUUCUUGGCACGAACGGGCGGUCCCCUAAUCGAAACAGUUAGGCCAGCUGCCGUUAAAAAGAUUCUCGGCCUGGCCCCCAUCGCCGUUCAGCAGCUGAGGAACCUCAAUGUCCAGGAGCACGUUUCCUACAGUCUCCUUAACGAGAGCAAAAUCCCCACUCCUCGUUUCGCUGUUGCCAAGAACGGCAAGGAGGCCAGCGAUAUUGCCACCAAGCUGAAGACCGAUAACCUGGUGCUGAAGGCUCAGGUUUUGGCCGGAGGACGUGGCAAGGGAACCUUUAAGAAUGGUCUUAAGGGAGGAGUCCGCGUGGUCUACGACCCCCAGACUGCCGAGGAGAUCUCCUCCAAGAUGAUCAACCAGCUUCUGGUCACCAAGCAAACCGGAGCAGCUGGCCGCAUCUGCAACAAGGUGAUGGUUGCCGAGAGGAAGUUCCCCCGCCGUGAGUUCUAUUUCGCCGUGAUGAUGGAGCGUGCCUUUAACGGUCCCGUCCUGAUCGCCUCCAAGGAGGGUGGCGUUGAUAUUGAGGAGGUGGCUGCCAGCAGUCCCGAAGCCAUUCUGUACGAACCCAUCGAUAUUGGCACUGGUUUGACCUGCGAGCAGGCCCAAAAGAUCGUCAAGAAAGUUGGCCUGGGCGGCGAGGGUGAGGACACACACGUCCAGAUGUUGAUGAACCUGUACGAUCUGUUCGUCAAGAAGGAUGCUCUCCUGGUUGAGAUCAACCCGUACGCCGAGGAUGCCAUGUCUGGCUGCUUCUUCGCAUUGGACGCCAAGCUGCGUUUCGAUGACAACGCCGAGUUCCGGCAGAAGGAGCUUUUCGCGCUGCGUGACUGGACCCAGGAGGAUCCCAAGGAGGUCGAGGCUGCCAAAUACAAUCUGAACUACAUUGCCCUGGAUGGUACCAUCGGCUGCAUGGUGAACGGCGCUGGUCUGGCCAUGGCCACCAUGGACAUCAUCAAGUUGUACGGCGGCGAACCCGCCAAUUUCCUGGAUGUGGGUGGUGGCGCCACUGCCGAGGCGGUCAAGGCCGCCUUCAAGAUCAUCACCUCCGACCCGAAGGUGCUGUGCAUUCUGGUCAACAUCUUCGGUGGCAUUAUGCGUUGCGAUGUCAUUGCCGAGGGUAUCAUUUCCGCCACCAAGGACCUGAAUCUGAACAUGCCCGUGGUUGUGCGUCUUCAGGGAACCAAAGUGGAGGAAGCCCGCGAGCUGAUUCGCACAUCUGGACUGAAGAUUCUGGCUCGCAACGAUCUGGACAAGGCUGCCGAUCUGGCUGUUCACUUGGCGCAGAUCGUCAAGCUGGCCCGCGAAAUGAAGAUGGACGUGAACUUCGAGAUUCCCGAUGCCCAAAAGUAGAUAGCUACAUCAGUUACCGGCUAAGUCAACACUCAUAAGCACACGCAGACACAAAUGAAAGUCGACAACAAAAGUAGAGCCAAUACCUAACAUUUACUCUAGCCACACAACACUACUCAAUGAAACUAUGUCAUCGGUUCGUAGUUAGAGCAUUAUGUAUUCGUAACGAUCGGUCGAACAAUUGAUGAAUUAAUUUUGCAAAAAUGUUAAGUUUAAAGCUGUUGAGAGUCCUAAGGAUAUGUCAUAGUUAAUUCGAAUAAUCCAGCAAGUCGAGUGUUCUCUUUGCACCUAAACAAUUUCUAUAUUGUAUUUAAAAUAGUCAACAUUAAUUGCACGUGAAUAAUAGAAAAGUGGAACAGAAAAUACGUUUUAAUUGUGAUUUUUGCAAAAAUUCAUUUAAUUUUUAUUUAUUGAGUUGAGACACUGCUUCAAAAGCAGUUCCAUCUUGUGUAUUAUGCUAUUUAGUUUGCUUUAAAUUAAAACACCAAACAAUUUUAAAC